UCAUAUUUAAACCAUCGAACAAAUCGCGCGUGCCACAGUGAUGCGAAGUGAAGCGAUUCCUGCGCAGUGAACGGAAAGAUGCUGCCUCUCGCGAGACGCGUUCAUGGAUUAAGCUGGAUUUCAGGACACACCUGUAGAUUUUUCACCUGCUCUGCAUAAUGCCUUAUCUGAGAUAUUUACUGAUUUUAGCGGUCUGCCUGGGCUCGUUUGGGGAAUGCCGAAAUAAGCGCGCCACGAGAGAGAGGAGGUGGACAGGACCCGUGGAAACUCAGAAGCACGGAACGUCCCUGGCCAAGAAGGCACCAGACGUGACAAAAUCGAGGAGACUGAAAACAGAGCAGUUGUUGAAAGUGGAUGACCAUGAUUUCACCAUGAGGCCAGCAUUUGGAGGCCCUGCUAUUCCAGUGGGAGUUGAUGUACAAGUGGAAAGCUUGGACAGUAUUUCAGAAGUAGAUAUGGACUUCACUAUGACAUUGUACCUGAGACACUAUUGGAAGGAUGAGCGCUUGUCCUUCACCAGCACCACAAAUAAAAGUAUGACUUUCGACGGCCGUUUGGUGAAGAAGAUCUGGGUUCCUGAUGUGUUCUUCGUCCACUCGAAGAGAUCUUUUAUUCAUGACACCACCACAGAAAAUAUCAUGCUGAGAGUGUUCCCUGAUGGACACGUUCUCUACAGCCUGAGGGUGACGGUAACAGCAGCCUGCAACAUGGAUUUCAGUCGCUUUCCGUUGGAUUCACAGACCUGCUCUUUGGAAUUGGAGAGCUACGCCUACACGGAUGAGGAUCUUAUGCUGUACUGGAAAAGUGGAGAUGAGUCUUUGAGUAUAGAUGACAAAAUCUCCCUCUCACAGUUCCUCAUACAGAAGUUUCAUACUACCUCUCGGCUGGCAUUCUACAGUAGCACAGGAUGGUACAACCGCCUGUAUAUAAACUUUACGCUUCGCCGCCACAUCUUCUUCUUCCUGCUGCAGACUUAUUUCCCCGCUACACUUAUGGUUAUGCUGUCCUGGGUGUCAUUUUGGAUUGAUCGCAGGGCUGUUCCAGCUAGAGUUUCACUGGGUAUCACCACGGUGCUCACCAUGUCCACCAUCAUCACUGGGGUGAAUGCCUCCAUGCCCAGAGUUUCCUACAUCAAAGCUGUGGAUAUUUACCUGUGGGUCAGUUUUGUGUUCGUGUUCCUGUCUGUCUUGGAAUAUGCGGCAGUCAACUACCUGACCACAGUCCAGGAGAGGAGAGAGCGCAAGCUCAGAGACCGGGUUAGAGAACAGUCAUUGCCCUGCACCUGUGGUAUGUCCCACACCAGGACCAUGAUGUUGGAUGGGACCUACAGUGAGGCUGACACCAACAGCCUGGCAGGCUACACAGAGGCUCCCAUGGUUCCAGACGAGGUGAUAUCGGAGAAACAGGAGCAUAUGGUGGUUCACCUGUCGAUGAGCAGUGAGUCCACCACCACUAAGAAGAAGGGCAUCCGCGCCUUACGCAUUAUGCAGAACACACACGCCAUUGAUAAGUACUCCCGUAUGAUCUUCCCGGGAGCUUAUGUAAUUUUCAACAUUAUUUACUGGUCAGUUUACUGCUGAUCAUGCUCUCUUUUGGACUUCAGGUUUACACAAACAUCAUGCUGACUUUUUGAUGCACAUCAAACAUUGGCCCAUGUGAUACCAAACUGCAGUUACCAUUGUCACUUUUCAUACUUUAAAAGAAUGGCAAAAUGGAAAGACAAGAUUUGAAGGUUAGGUGGUGUGUCUUUUUUAAAUGAGUGCAUAAUUUAGGCCUUUUCAAGUUGAAAAUUACUUCUAAAACACUUAUCAGAUUUUGUACGGGCAUAUGUGUUUUCUUGUCGUGUUCAUGUAAUUUGACUAUUAAUGAUUCUGUAUGUAGUUGAACUGGUAUUAGCUUCUGUUUUAAAGGUGCACUAAGUAAGUUGUUACACUUUUACACCUAAUGAAAUGCAUCAAAUGUACACUCACAUGAGAUGAAGAUUCCAGUCAUAUCAGUGGCUUAGAAAAUGCUUGUUUUAUUAUACAUUGAGCCCCCUUCAUAAGGGCUGCAAUGUUGAGACCACAUGACCAGCUGUGUCUUGCAAUUGACUGAAAUAAUAUUAAAAAUACAGGCUCAACACACUUUAAACAAAUAAAAAAUAAAAGAAACAAAAGAACGUGUAAAAAACAGACAUGUAAUCCUAACAAUAUAACAUUACAAAAAGCCUACAUUAUUUACAAAUAGUCAAAUAUAUUAUAUAGGAAUAAUUCACCUAAAAAUGUACAAUUCUGUCAUUAUUUACCAGUGUUGGGUGAAAUCCAAUUAAAAAGUAAUUAGUUACUGUACUCUGACUUUUUAGUAAAAACACUGUAAUGCAUUACAUUUUAAAAUACAGUUACUUUCAAAGUAAUUAUUUUCUGUAC